UAUGGAGAAUGGAAAGCCAAGGUGUAUUCCUCUGAAAGUGGAUGCGUGCUGGGCUUCAGGAGACCCCCAUUACACUACCUUUGAUACACGUUACUAUGAUUUUAUGGGGACAUGUACAUAUACUCUGGUGAAUGUCACUAAAGAUGCGGCGAUGACUCUUAAACGGUUUACAGUUCUGGCCAAGAAUGAUAAUCGAGGAAAUAUUGCUGUUUCCUAUGUGGCUCUGGUAACCUUCAAAACAAGCGGCUACACCAUCGAUAUCAAGAAAGGGGAAGUUGGCUCUGUGAGAAUCAAUAACGUAAUGUCCCUUCUGCCGGUGAACCUGAAUAGUGGAACUGAUUCUAUGAUAAACAUUUUCCAAAGUGGGAAUACAGCAAUCAUCCAGUUCACGACUGAUGUAAUGGUAUCGUAUGAUUGGGAUAGCGUUGUACGCAUUGAGCUCACAAGGCGUUAUUCGAAGAAUGUUGAUGGCAUGUGCGGGAAUUACAACCAGGAUCCGGCAGAUGACUUUCAAAUGCCUAGCGGCUCACAGGCCCCUAAUGCCAUUGAGUUUGGAAAGAGUUGGAAGGUGAAUGAUGGCACACAAUGCUGGGAUGACUGCAAUGGGCCCUGUCUACCCUGUCUUCCAGCUGUGGCAGAGACAUUCAAAAAAGAUGACUAUUGUGGGCUUAUUGCCAAGAAAGAUAACGGUCCCUUCAGCGCAUGUCAUGCUCUUGUGGAUCCCAGCAGAUACAUGGAUAACUGCGUCCUUAGUCUGCCCCGAGAACAGCAGAUAUGUGCUCUGCGGGAGGGAAUGUGCCCCAACGUGUCAAGAUCCGACUGCAUCCUCCCAAUGUACUCUGCUCUGUGUCGAGCAAUGUCAAUGUAA